CCGAUCUCCAUCCAGAUUUUUAUACUUAAGUCACAAUGUAAUCUUGUUGGGCCUUCUCAGGACCUAGCAAUCACAUCCCUCAAGAGAACACAAACCUAAUAAUUUUCCUCCAAAAUUCAAUUUUUACCAAGCCAAGGGUAACUCGUUUUCUACUGCGAUACGGUCUGUGGUGUGUUAAUAUUUGUAUAUUUCGUUAUUCCGAUGAGUGAAAAAGGGGUAGCUAUAGAAAUACAAGAAUCAGGAGAAGAUGAUUUUGGCGUAGGAGUGAAGCUUGGGACUGAAAAUGUAGAAGACUAUUCGAAGGAAAACGCUGGAGCUAACAAUCGGGUCAAGAAUACGUCAAUUGAUAGACUCAGUGCAUUGCCUGAUUGCUUACUUAUUCAUAUCCUCUCUUUUUUGGGUGUAAAGAAAGCUGGGGUUACGAGCUUGUUGGGGAAAGAAUGGAAGUCUCUUUGGGCUGAACUGCCGGUUCUUGAAUUCCGUUUUGAUUACUCUGGUAAACAUGAGGAAAUUAAGAAUAUGGCUGACUUGGUUGCUUGGGUUGAUAAGAAAAUGCUUGACCUUGUGGCUUGGGUUAAUAAGACACUUGCUAUUCGUAAUGGAACUUAUCUGGAGAAGUUGAAGGUGGGUUUCCUUUACAAGAAAUGCUUUGCUCAGGAUGUUGAUAAUUGGUUAGAGUUUGCCUUGAAAAAUAAAGCUAAAGAAGUCAGUUUGGCAUUAAACGAAAACGGAUUUUUCCGCACUCUAGAUAUCUACACUCUUCCAGAAAUGAUGUAUUCGAAUUCAUUCUUGACAUCACUGUCUUUGGAUGGUUGCCGUUUGGAUCCUGAAAUAACAAUUAAGUGGCCUUCAUUGACUUCUUUAAAGAUCUCUCGUGUGUAUUUGCCUCAGCCUGUACUUGAAAUGAUUUUAUCUGGCUGCCCAGUUUUAAAUUCAAUGGAUCUCAGUGGUUGUUGUGGAUUCACUUGUUUGGAGAUCAACUCUAAGAGUCUAUAUAACCUCCGGGUGCAGAACUUUGAAGGCGAAGAAGAAGAAAGUGACCCUUUCUUGCAAAUUUCAGCACCCUAUCUAAAAUCUUUAAGUAUUUCUCUGUAUCCAGAAGAAAGGAAGUUGAAGCUCACUAACCUCUCAUCUCUUGAUAGUGCUGAAUUUGAUUUUUCUGAACACAUCUGGAGUUUUCCCGCUGAGGUGCUGAGUAAUGCAAAGGAAUACUUCGAAAACAUUCACCAUGCCAAGGACCUAGUUCUAGGGUCUGCGCCUGUUAAGGCUCUAGCAAGGUUGGUGAUGAAUGGCUGGCAGCUCCCAAAAAGCCGGCUAAGGUGCUUGACAAUAAAGAUUUCAUUAUAUGCUGUGAAAAUCAUUCCGGGAAUUUUAUGCCUGCUGGAAUCUUCUCCGGACCUUGAGACAUUGAUCAUUGAUUCUAUUGAUUCCGAUGAGUGGGACAAGAAUCGGCUCCGACCUGCUAAAGGUGAUUUGGAUUCCGACUUAUUGCAUCUGAAGACAGUUAAACUGUCUAACUUGGCAAAUCCAAGGAUUGGUGGUGAACCAAUGCUUACAUUGGCCAGAAUCCUUCUUAAGAGGGCAACAAUAUUGGAAGAGAUGGUGAUUAAGGCUGAUAAUAUAACUACAAGUGACUCUGACAAGUUACGUCAAACCUUGCUCACUUACCCGAUAUCCUCGCCAAACGCAGUCAUCUUAUUAUCUUAACUGUGUAAAAUUUUAAUGGUAGCCGUGCCUACGUAUUAUGAUCUUUUAUUUUCCUGUUCUAACAUGUACUUAAUGUAGAAGAUCAUGAUUCAUGAAGGUGGAGUCGAUGAAUCUUUGCUUGAAAAGUUGGCGCCCUAAACUUCAAAUGUGAAUAUUAUUGUGCUAGUUUAGAGACACACUUGUACUAUGAAUGAAGAUAUAUAUUUCUUGUUUUAAAACGUAAAAGAA